CCUCUUUGGUCUAGUCGUGGUCUAGCUUUUUGAAGGCCGGUUUUGCCAUAGAUGCGAGAGGAAAUCAAGUGUGCGUUUGUUGGUGUAAAUAUGUGUUGUGUUCGUUUUAAAAAUUUUAUGCAUGCUUAUGUUCGAAAAGAAUGCAAAAAUGGGCUUUAAAUUUGGAAUCGAGGAAUGACGAACAGGACCGAGCCUUUUGAAACUGUUAAUGCAUGGAAAUAGGAAUAGUGCUACUCCUAUGUCCAUGGUAAAUGUAAAUGAAAAAGCAUAGUUGAAUCCCUAUCUAUUGUCAAUGGUAGAAUGUGGUGACCACACAAAAUAAACCGCAAAAAAUGUCAUAUUACCGUUCGUAAAUUUGUUGGAACUCGGAGCCAAGGACCAUAAUGGCCGAUAUUGUGCGAGCCGCGUGGUACGUCACUUUAUAAAUUGUGAAUUUAUUUUAAUUAUGCUAAUUUAUUUUCUAGUGUUGUACCAAUACUGUUUAAAGAGUGACGGUUGUUUAAAAUGCAAUAUGCUAUAUAACGAAUAGGUUUUGCAUUAUCAACGUGAGGCAUCGUCUUAUAUAAUUUUAUGUACUUAUCACAUACUGCUUAAUUUAGGUUAUGAAAACAUCUAUAUUAUAAUCAAACAUACAAUGCGAAUUUAAGAAAUUACAAAUAUUCAUAUGACUAAAUCAGAAUAUUUUAUCAGUUUCACGUUUCCUUGUUGAUCACGUCUGUCUUAAAAAAUGGCCCGACUCUCGAACACUUGAUUCAAUAACUGAAUUGACAAGUUUGGUUAUGUACAACAUAUUGGAAAUCAUUUUUCAUUUAAAUUUGAAAUACAGCAGAAAUACCAAUUCAAGCCACACCUGAAUACCAUAUUAACAGCCCUUCUGUAAAGAGAUGAACACGUUAGUAAAACAUGCACAGGAAAUCUUCAGGAGAUGAAUAACACCAGUGCGUAGGCGUAUCGAGUGUGAAUAUCAUCAAAAGACGUUAUUAAUAAUCUGGAAUUAUCAUUGCACAGAUAGUCAUAAGGAUGGCAGAACGACAGCAGCCUCCUCCGGGCUGCAAGCGAAGGUCUUUAGACAAGAUAAUCGAAUGCAUGACAGCAGACUUGGCAAAUUCUGCAGGACAAUAUAUGCAGUUUGGUGUGACUCCUCCACAAACAGCUCCUCAUAGCUGGAGUGAUUACCCUACUGGACAAACCCGACACUAUAUGACUAAUCAACCACCCCUGGUAGCGCAGCCUGGCAUACAACCUCUUAAUCCGAUACCAUCACCAAUUUAUAUGCCAGAGAUAUCACCUUACGAUCCACCCGCAACGGAUCCUAUUUACUUUCCAUCUCAGCCUGUGAACCAUCUUGGUAUUAAUGAGAAUAAUGAUUUAGUUGGCACUAUUGACGUUGGAGGUGGAAAUUACAUAAAUGUGAUUUAUGGUAAUGCCUCGCAAAUUAUGGCUGAACAAUGUCAAUUGAGUAACUUGGCUUCAUACAAUUCUCAGAGCGCUUUAGAUCGUGAAUAUGGCUUGUUUGGCGAACAGCGUCAAAUACCAAUGUUGCCAAAUCCUGCAACACAAACAUCGAAUGGUAAACAAUUGAUCGAUAACUUGGUUGGAAACUGGGUACCAACUCAAUCUGGUACAUAUAGUCCGUUUGGUGGCUCACCAAAUGUCACCCCUGUACCGCAAGGUACUCCUGAGAUGAGAGAGACAGAAGAACUACCAAGAAAUUUACAAGAUGUUCAUCCUAAGAAGCCAAGGAUGGUUGCAGAAGUCAGACCUAUGCGACCAUCUUACUCUGAUGUUUUGACUAAGUCCGCUCCAACUCCACCACCACCUCUGACUCCACCAGCCACAAAGCCUAAAAUUGAAGCAAUAGUCAAAAAAAGUUCUAACAAGAGUGCUAAAAACAAAACAAAGCCAGCUUUGUUGAAAAGGCAAAAUUCUUCAGGGAGCGAAGACCAUAGCUCACCUAAGAUUCACGGUCCAAAAAAGGUCUUGGAAAAAAAUAAUUCCAAUUUACCAAGGCGAUGGGUUUCCUUAGACAACCUCGGCUCAGCGACUGAAUCUCAUGAAUUAGACACGUUUGAUAGAUCUGAAAACUUUGAAAAGAAGAAGAGUUCAAAGACAUCGAAGAAAGGUGACAAAAAUGAAACAUUGAAUAAUUCAAAAAUACAGAACAUGAGUUCAAAGUUGGCUUCCACUAUUCAAAAGCGACCCAUACAAAUUAACAACAAUUUGAACACGAUAAAUAGUUCGAGUCAAACAGUUUCCCCUGAUAAAAUUGAAAAGAAUCAGCAAGCUAAUAAUAAAACGCCCAAAGAGGACAAAAAAGUAACUAAAGAAAAAUCUGUGAAACGAUCCCAGGCUGAGAAGGCUCAGCAAAUUAAAAAAGGUCACAGGAAUCGGAAGAGAGAGAGCAAAGAGUCACCAGUUAAAGAUUUGUGCAGAAAUUUGAACAAGCAUGUUGGUCGUUGGAGUAAAAUCGGGCUCAAAGUAUUUUACUGGCUGUUUCACUUAAUCUCUGACGUCGUUAGUAUGAGUGCUAACCUUGUUGCUCAACUGGGAAAGUGCGCUUGGUUUUACAUGCUCCUGUAUUUGAAGUACUCAUGGCUCUACAUAGCAGGUGCAUUUUCAAAAGUAAAAUUUUUAAAUGCCGUUGGAAAACGAAUAGAUUGCUGGAUCGGAUGGAGUAGAUUCGCAUUUUGGGAUAGGCUUAAGUCCAAAAGAAAAGAGGAACCUGAAGAAAAUACAAACUGGAUACCUGGUGGGCUUGAAACAAAUAUUGCAUUGCCAAGUACCGGCGAGGAAGCUAUGAAAAGAUUGUUGGCCUGCAAAGGAAAAGAUCCAUACAGUAUAUUGGGUGUCACACCUACGUGUUCAGAUGAAGACAUUAAAAAAUACUACAAAAGGCAGGCUUUUCUAGUUCACCCUGAUAAAAAUAAUCAACCUGGAGCUGAGGAAGCCUUCAAAAUUUUAGUCCAUGCUUUCGACAUUAUCGGCGAACCCGAACGUAGACAAGCAUUUGAUCAAACCAGACAAGUUGAAGCUGCCUGGGGUGACCUUAGUGACCUAUUAUCCCAGUUGCAUAGAAAAAUGGAACAGGCUGCAAAUACGAUACGAUGCACGAAUUGUGGUCUUAGGCAUAAACGCAUUCCCACACACCGGCCAUGCUACGCAGCUCGGUUCUGUGCGCAAUGCAAAAUACGUCACAGUGCUAAGGAGGGAGAUAUUUGGGCAGAGUCUCGUAUAAUGGGUUUCCUCUGGCAUUAUUAUGCAUGCAUGGAAGGCGCAGUAUAUGACGUUACAGAUUGGGCUGCUUGUCAAGCUAGAAACUUGAAACAUCUCAGAGCUAAUACACACAGCGUUCAGUACAGAAUUGUUUUGGGACAAAGACCUCCGCCUCAAACGGCCAGUGGAGGUAAAAAGCGACAGCAAUUGGACCCCAAUACUAGCAAGACAGGCAGUGCAACAACUUCUGGCGAUCCAAAAAAUGAUAGCCGGCGUCGUAAGACUAAGCGUAAAAAGUGAGGAUCGGAAAAGUAAGGAAUGUUUUUGGUCUUCUAGAAAUCCAUACCGUAUACUACAGAUUAUUACACAUACCCGAAUCUACACCACAGACUCACACUUCACUCCCCAACUUCUACUCUAUGUUUAAUGAAACAUAAAAUAUCCAAAACCAAAUUGUAAGUACUCAAUGUUGAUUCUAUUAUUAUUAGUAAUAAUAUAUUACUUUCACUCGAUUUCUAGCUUUUCGAUUUACAUUAUUUGAGAGACUGUAAAGAGGGCUAUGUUGUUUUAAAAUGAUAGGUCAAUGUGAGUCUUUUAUUUUACUGCCAAUGAUCGUUGUAAUCAUACAUUGAGUGUUUGCUUUGCCUUUAUGAUGAUACUUGUAUAUUCCAAUUACGAAUAAAUAUGGAUAACUCUAAUUAUAAAAUAUGCUAGUAAGUUAGCAUGAAGUCUUUACUCUAAUCUAGAGUAAAUUACGAAAAAUCUAAAGAUUUCGAGAGUUUCUACAACUCCUCAGAAUACAGCGAAUGCAUGGUACUCUGUAAGACAUUGAAUUACAUGCUGGAUUUAGCGAAAUUAAAAGAUAUGGGACUCUGACAAUGGAAUGGUAAUUAUUGUCCAUUACUCCAGAAGAUGAAUAUUCUUUAUAUCUGUGAACGGAAAUACCAACAGCAAUCCAAAUAAUGCUGUCAGUACGUGAUCCUAUGGCAAUUCGAAUUAGGUUGAAGAAUGUUAAUGAUAGAUUAAAAAAAAAAAUGUUAGGAAGCUAUUGAAACUUAUAAAAACUAUGAUAAGUUGAUACGAAUACUCUAAAGCUCUGAAACGAAAAAAAAUGUUAGUAUCCUGAAACUAGAUCGCGCGAUGACGAAGGAUGGCUAUUGUAUUUUAUCGCGUCUUCUAAAUCUCCAUUUAGAAACCUUUUUAUCCUAACGAUACUGUUUAACGUUUCUCUGCUCAUAAUGGCGUUUGAGAUUCUACUUCAUUUGUAAUGUCAACUCACUGAUUAAAUUUUUUAUAGGUCACCUAUGAUCUCGAGAAAUUAUCAAUUGACCACUCAAUUCGACAAAUUGACAGAUUACAGAAUAAGACUGAUUUUUUUCCUACCCAGCAUCAUUCAAUUUAUUUGGAAAACAGAAUUUUUAUUAAAUAGUUAUUUUUCAAAAACGCUCUUUACCUCGCAUAACAAAACACAGGUCAUACGUGACAGUUAUUAGUUGCGAAAUUUCAGAGCAUCUACUCUCAAAAUCAUAUGAUCAAAUCGAAAAAAGCAGCACACGUAAUAUAACAACGAAUUAAUGUUGUCUGAACUACUGUACAAUGCUUAUUUUGACAUCUACCUGUUGCAGGCCCCAUUGGAAGAUAAAGUUUGAUUAUUUGCAUCUGCUUUUAAGAAUUCCAAUGAUAAUGAUAAUUAACAUGAUCAAUAACUUUAUAUGUACCUUCAAAGUUUUCAGUGUUUUAAAAAAAUAAACUGCCUUAUUUGUCCUUA